CCAGGCUGUCUUUGGUUUUGCAGGUAGCUGUAUCCAGCUGGGUGGCAGGUGGAUCCAAGGGUUACCAUGAAGUUUUCAGGACCCCUGGAGAGCCAGAGGUUGUCUCUCCUUCUGGAGACGGCAAUCUCUAGGGAAGCUCAAAUGUGGAAAGCACAUGUGCCGAAAAUUCAGCCCAAUCAGGAUGUAGCCAUUUCUCCAAAGCAGAGGGAUGAGGUCAUUCAGUGGCUGGCCAAGCUCAAAUACCAGUUCCACCUUUAUCCAGAAACGCUCGCCCUGGCCAUCAGCCUUUUGGACAGGUUUUUAGCUGCAGUAAAGGCCCGUCCAAAGUACUUGAACUGUAUUGCAAUCAGCUGCUUCUUCCUUGCUGCAAAGACCAUUGAGGAAGAUGAGAGGAUUCCAGUACUGAAGGUGUUGGCUCGGGAUAGCUUUUGUGGUUGUUCUCCAGCUGAAAUUCGCAGAAUGGAGAAGAUUAUCCUGGAUAAACUGAACUGGGAUCUUCACAUGGCAACGCCACUGGAUUUCCUUCAUAUUUUCCACGCAGUUGCGGUGUCCAGCAGGCCUCAGCUACUGACCAUCCUGCCCAAGCUGAGUCCCUCUCAGCACGUGGCGGCGCUCACCAAGCAGCUGCUGCACUGCAUGGCCUGUUACCAGCUGCUGCAGUUCAAGGGCUCCAUGCUGGCGCUGGCCAUUGUCAGCCUGGAGCUGGAGAAGCUGCUCCCCGACUGGCUGGCUCUCAUCAUCGAGCUGCUCCAGAAGGCACAGAUGGAUAGCUCGCAGCUGAUCCACUGCCGGGAGCUUGUGGCACAUCACCUUUCCACUCUGCAGUCUUCUCUGCUGCCCAAUUCUGUAUAUGUCUACAGUCCCCUCCAGCAUACCCUGGUGACCUGUAACAGAGGAGUGUUCAAAUGCCAGCCCUCCUCUGUCCCAGGGCCAGGUUUCUCCAAGGACAACGGCAGGCCAGAAGUGCCAGUCACAGGUACAGCCGCGCUCUACCAGCGUCUGCCAGCUCCCAGCGGUUGCAAGCAAGCCUCUGCCAAGCGUAAAGUGGAAGAGAUGGAAGUGGAUGACUUCUACGACGGUAUCAAGCGUCUCUACAACGAAGACAUCGCUCCAGAGGUAGUGGCUCUUGAAAACGUGGGCUCUGUUUGUGGCGCUGAUGUCUCGAGGCAGGAGGGCAACGUUUCCCCUUGUCCACCUUUACAGCCCGUGUCUGUUAUGUAGCUGUGAGUGCACACCACCUGCUCCACCAUAGCUACUCUAGAAACCACGCAGAACCUGGCAUCCUGCGUUCUCAGUGGGGGGGAGAAGGGGCCAUACCUUGUCAGGCUGAACUGAAGGGAGCCAAAAAACAGAAAAAAAAAAAAUCCCAACCCUUCUUUCAAUUUUUUUCUCGUGCGGCUAAUUAUAGUUCCACUAUUUAAGCACUUAAAAACACAAAAAAGAGCCAAAAAAAAAAAAAAAAAUCCCAACCCUUCUUUCAAUUUUUUUCUCGUGCGGCUAAUUAUAGUUCCACUAUUUAAGCACUUAAAAACACAAAAAAGUAUAAAAAAUCUAAAAAAAGACCCAAAAACCAAACAAAAAAAGUAGCAAAAAAUUGUUUCUUCCUAGUGUUGUCAGUUCCACUGUUUUUCUGCUCCUGUGUAUUGUAACCCAUUCUCCACGUCCAAGAGCUCACAUCAGUCGUGCAGAGUUGUUCCAGGUUUGCCAGCCAACUAACACCUCUCUGAUCCGAUUUCCAUCUGCUCCUCGCUCUCUUUCUGCUUGCUCCUCUUUUAAUUCUCAGCAAGUCUUGUGCAUGAUGUUCUGUACUACCUGACCUUCACGACAACUUUCUUUUUCCUUUCUAAACAAAAAGACCUUUUUUGUUUUGUUAGCACUUUGGUGUUUAAAUGUGAUAAUAUUUAAAAACUGGAUUUAAAUAAAAGGUUAGUCAGGAAAAAACCAAAAACAACUCUGGCAAGCUGCUCCACACUUAAGUAUAACCACAGGAGUGUGAAGGUACUCUAGAAGAACACUAGGGCGGCCAGCCGCUGUGCUCUGUACCUUACUUACACGGAGACUUCUCCAAGUUAAACAGUUUGUGUUUUCCAACCCCGAAAGCAGUUCAUGGAUUUUGUAUCACUUGAACAAAAACGGUUUUUCUUUUUUUUGUUUGCACCAAGAAACGUUGCACUCAGUGUGGAUUUUCACCAACGCUUGACUCUCUACGUCAAGUGUAAACCUUAAAUUCUGCAGUCUGUGUUUUUCCCAGAUGUUUAUAAGCAUAGCAUGUGACCAGCACACGCUCGGUGAGGUGCUGGGGCAGCUACAUACGCCUGAGGUUUGAAAGGCGUGUAAUUAUCAGCCACAAAACCAAAACAAAAGACCCUAACCCUAAAGUUUUGUGUUCAUGUAACUUCUAACCAAGAGUAAAACCUUUAAAAACUUGUCUCUUAAAUGUUAUACCUCUGUUUCUCAGAAUGACCUGUCCCAAUUGUAAGCUCUCUCCACAGCCCUGAGAAAGGUAUCGUAUUUGGAGCCAUUGUACUGAUGAAAGCCUUCUGGUAGCAAUAAAGAAAGUUGUCCUGGA